AUGCGUCGUCGAAUACUUUUUACUAUCGUCUUUUGCUUAUUUUUUGCAACUACUUCAUCGAUUGAAUGCUAUACGGGUACGGAUACCAGAUGUCUGUUAGCACCUGAUAUGGAAAAUUGUGGUUCAGGAGAAGUUUGUAGAUGUGUAAAAUAUCGUUUUAAAUGUACAAAAGAUGAUCAAGCUUGUAGUCAACGAGAACAAGCAACAGGAGUUACAAAAUGGGCAUAUUCAAUGAUUUCUAAAAACCUAUGUAACAGAUUGGAGAAUGUAUUGAUCGGUAUUUCUAAUGUACAAUGUUGCUCAACUAAUCGAUGCAAUCGACCUGAUAAUGGUAAAUGUUCAUGGUCUCAAGCUCGUCGUCGACUUUUACGUAAAUUCACUGAUAUACUCUCCUUUAAUGAUAAAUAUUGA